AAAACUCCCCACUUUUUGCCCCACUCUCUCUCUCUCUAUCUCUUUCUAUCUCUGUCUGUAUCUCUAUCUCUGAGAAUACACUCAUCUUGGGUUCGGUUUGCGAUCCCUUCGUCGCAUCUGCUGCAUCUAAUCUGGACUCGCAUCACUUGAUUCUUGCGGUUUAAUUUAGAUUCGGGAUUUUGAGUUUAUUCACCGAAUUUCGGGUUGGGAUUCAGCAAUCGGUUGGGCAUUUUCCGAUGGGUAUAUAUCUGAGUUCACCUAAAACGGAGAAGUUUUCCGAAGAUGGAGAGAACAGUAGGCUUAGGUUUGGCUUGUCUUCGAUGCAGGGAUGGCGUGCCACAAUGGAAGAUGCUCAUGCAGCACUUCCCGAUUUGGAUUCUUCCACAGCAUUCUUUGGUGUUUAUGAUGGUCAUGGAGGUAAGGUGGUUGCCAAAUUCUGUGCCAAGUACCUUCAUCAGCAAGUUCUAAAGAAUGAAGCAUAUUCGACUGGUGAUGUUGGGACUGCAGUUCAAAAAGCCUUUUUCAGGAUGGAUGAGAUGAUGCGAGGGCAGAGAGGUUGGAGGGAGUUGGCUAUAUUAGGGGAUAAAAUGAACAAGUUUACUGGUAUGAUAGAGGGUUUGAUUUGGUCUCCGAGAAGUGGAGAUAAAAAUAACCAAGUUGAUGAUUGGGCAUUUGAGGAGGGACCUCAUUCUGAUUUCUCGGGGCCAACUUCUGGUUGUACAGCUUGUGUUGCUAUUGUUAGAGAAAACCAGCUCGUUGUUGCGAAUGCUGGCGAUUCGCGCUGCGUAAUUUCUAGGAAAGGCCAGGCGUACAAUCUUUCGAGAGACCACAAGCCUGAUCUUGAAGUUGAAAAGGACCGAAUCCUAAAAGCCGGUGGCUUUAUCCACGCCGGCCGCGUCAACGGCAGUCUGAAUCUCGCAAGGGCUAUAGGUGACAUGGAGUUCAAGCAGAACAAGUUUUUACCUCCCGACAGACAAAUUGUCACUGCCAGUCCGGAUGUAAACAUUGUCGAACUUUGCAAUGACGACGAGUUCAUCGUGCUCGCCUGUGACGGCAUCUGGGACUGCAUGUCAAGCCAGCAGCUUGUCGAUUUCAUACGCGAGCAGCUGACAUCUGAAAGCAAGCUUUCUGCCGUCUGCGAAAAAGUGCUCGACAGAUGCUUGGCGCCGUCGACUGCUGGAGGCGAGGGGUGCGACAACAUGACUAUGAUCUUGGUGCAGUUCAAGGAACUGUCGGAGACGGGUACAUCUUCCGGCGAGCAAUCCUCGAUCUCUGAGGAGCUGCCUCCGGCGGAGUCAAAACCAGCUGAUGUCAAGGAAUUGUAGUGAUCGGCGGCAACUCCGAUUCCGACUAGCCCCCCCGGAACCCCCUGAGUCUUCUGAGCUUUGAAUAUGUAAAUGUCCAUAAUUUUGUUGGGGCUGAAUUAACUUACAGAUGGUGUUCAUUUGGCUUUUGAUGUUGGUUCUUCUUCUUCGACUUUUUCUUCUUCCAUGGAUUUCAUUGCAUUGCCCAAAUCAUUGGAAGAGAGUUUGUACAGAUGAUUAUUUUAACUACAGGUUUGAACUUUUUA